GGCCCGAUUAGAAUCCGGAAAUCAACGACUGCUGUUGUCACUGUACAUAUAGUGGUAUGUGAGGUCACGUUUGUGUUUAACGACUGUUUUUAUCUUGAUCAGAUAUUGAAUUAACAAGAUAUACAAGUGUCACGAUGUAAUACACACACGAAUACCUCGGUACACGCAUACAUGGCCUACUUUCCGGUACAAGGCCGGUAUCGGUUCACUACGAAAGUCCACUGUCCUAGAUUUUGACUGAUAAACAAUUGUCGGACAUCACAUAAAUCAUAACAAGGUCUUUCAAAGAAAACAGUAAAUUCACCAGGGACCGUGUAGUGACGUCAUCAUGGCCCAAUACGUCAUUAACCAGAUGGAUACAUUUCAUGGGGAUGUGUCCUUUAUCGGCAUUCCUUACGAGGCAUUCGAACGCACAGGUCACUGGUCAUUAUGGGGCGUCGUGAGGAUGUUUGAAGCAGCACGUUUGAUUGGUCUUUACAAUGGCCUAUUCUACUAUAAGUCAAUGGAAGGGAAAGGCAUAGGCCUGGUGGUGAUCACACAAGCUGUCCGACUUAGUCCCGACCUUCACCGAGACUACUCCCUCUUCAAGACUCUGAAACAACGAUACGUCCUUGACAUUGUAGAGGUCGGUCGGAGGUCAUUCUCUUUUGUAACCCGACUGACCAAUGAAGAAACUGGACAGUUCCUAGGUGAAAUUCUACUCAAGUACGUUCUAAUUGAUAGGAGCACCCGGAAGUCAAUUCCACUUCCGGAAGCGUUUUUGGAAAAAUAUUCCAAACACACAAAGAAAGAAAUAAAAUUUCGCAAACUGUCCAUUCCAUCCUGUCCAGAUAUGGGUAAAAAUGUAUUCAAGCUAAAAGUGUUGCCUCUGCAUAGCGAUACUGACCGGAACAACCAUGUGAACCAGUCUGGCUACUUCCGGUUCUGUAUUGACUGCGCGACAGACGCUGCCCUCGCCGGAAACUAUCGUCACUUCACGUCAGACAUGUGUUGGUAUCCGGUUUUGGAGAUGAAUGUUUACCAUGCCAACGAGAGUCUCGUCAACGAGGAGUUGGUUGUCAACACGUGGCAAGACAAUGAAGACUUCCGGUUAAUCUUCUUCAUCAUCAAGCGGAAGGAUACCGUUCUUUUUAAGGCGUCCUUUUUGUUUUAUCCGGAAAUGUCUAAACGGAAACGGAACUCAAGAAUGUGAGCAAUGUGCCAAUACUUAGACAAUUUAUAAAGUUCAAAUGUGUUUUUAGGGUCUUGACAGUAAAAAUCAGAUAUCCUUAUUCGGUGUGCACAAUUCGUCCGUAUGUUUAAGAUGUGUACGUGAUAAUGUGUAUGUGGUUGUCGUCGGGAUGUAUAGGUGAUUCGAUAUUUUAUUUUCUCCCCGCGCGUGUGGUCAGUUAUUAUUUGAUGAUCAAAUCUGUCGAUUUACAUGAUGUACAUAUCAGGAUGGAUGUCUAACAUUAUAUCAUAUUCAUCAUAAUUAGAUUAUUAUUUAUGUUUAAUUAUGGAUAUGUUUUCGAAAUUUAUCUUUUUAAUAAAAAAUGUCAAUGAUUGCUAUCCAGCCUCUGUUAAAGAUUAAACAGAAAUCAUUACCAAACGAAAUAAAAAAAAAAUCGUUUAUCACGUA